AUGUUAUCUUAUUUUAAUGUUGAACUUAUACGAAGUAUUAAUGCAAGUUCAAAUUUUCUUAAACGUUUUACAUCACUCUAUGUUCAAACAAGACGUGUAGGACGCGAAGCAAAUCCAUCUCGAUAUCGUGAAGGUACAAUAACACGUUCUGUUAUAUGUUUAAUUGGAUUAUUUACAUUAUGUCAAGUACCUGCAUCGAUUCUUCAUUAUAUUUAUAUGUUUUAUCGACAUCAUCCUGUACUUUAUAUUUGUUAUGAUAUAUCAAAUUUUUUAAUUCUUGUUAAUAGUGCAGUGAAUUUUUUUAUUUUUACUUAUUGUAAUAGAAAAUUUCGUCGUGAAUUAGCUCGUGUUUGUUUUCAUUCAACAAAUCAUCGAAGUUUUAUGUUACGUACAUCAAGUCAUCAUUCAUUUCGACGAACAAAUUCAUAUAUGAGAACACCGGCACAGAGUUCACACAAUUUACAACAACUUGAUAUUACACAAACAAAUUCAUGGGAAUAUCAACGACGAAAUAGUCGUAGUCAACUACAAACAGAUACGGGAACAAGUAGUGAAAGUAUAAAUCAUUUACGAAAAAAAUAUUCCGAUGUAUCCGUACAAUCACAAUAUCAUCUUCAUCCAUCAUAUCAUCGUUCAGAAUCAUUAAUUAACAUCCGUACAUCAAAUAUUCCUAAUAAUAAUAGUAAUCAAACACAACGUCAGGGAAGAUUUUCUGUAUGUGAUUUUAACUAUCAACAAUCGAAUACUUUUCCGUAUAUAAACGAUCAACAAAACCUUCAAAUAACAUCUAAACAAUCUCGCGGUUAUAAGCAACGUUUAUUAUUUAAUCGUAAAAAACAUUCGUUAACAAUUCCGACAAAUACGUUCAAUCAACAUGUACAACCUUCACAUUGUAAGGUAAAUAAACGCGGUAAAAAGAAACAAAAAUCUAUGUUUACAUAUAAUCCAAUAACAUCUUCAUCAUCAGCAACAACCACAACUACAACAUCAAAUUUAACACGUUCAACAGCAAAUACAAUUGGUUCGGAAAGUUCAAUAAUAAUUGAUCAAAAUAAAUUAUUAAAACCAAUAGCAAAUCAAAAAGAAAAAUCGAAACGUUUUUUUCAAAAAUAA